AUGAGGACUGGCCUCCUUAUUAUAAUCUGUUGGUUUCCUACAACAUCAGCGAAUCGUUGUGACGCAUCUUAUUCCAUACAAGAUCGAGUCCUGAAGAACCACACAAUUGCGAUCAGACCAGCUGAGAGGAUAGAAGAAUGUGCGUUACUGUGCGUGGAUUAUCCCGACUGCCACAGCAUUAAUUUCUAUCAGAAGCACAAAAUAUGCGAUCUCAAUGACAAGACACAUACUUCCCAUCCGAAGGAUAUGAUUUCAUUUGCACUUUCAAACUACAUGGAGAAUAUCCUCAGACCAUACUUGUGCAACCGAGACUCGGAAUGUGGCUCCGGGUUACAUUGCUCCCCA